AUGGCAGACCCAGAGGUGGAGCUGCCUCAGGAUCCCUCUGAAGACAUGAAUUCACAAUCAAAUCCCGAAAUCAUAAGAGAAGAGCUGGCAAGACAACCUAAGGACGACUCGUCGAGCAGCCUUGCUCAGGAGGGGACUAUUGGACCAGCCGACGAGAUUGUGUGGCACUACCUCACAUUCGAAACCGAGCUGCCGUCGCUGGCAUACCUCUCGCAACUGCCUUCGAGCCAGCGAGAUGAGAAUCGAAGUCCGCCUCCGGAAUGCCCCAAUCUCAAGAAAUAUGGCUCGCCCUUCCUGUGGCCGGAAAAGAGCAAGAGCAUCAUCAUGUAUCUUUCAUGCAUCGCUACGGCUUUCACGGCGUACAAUGCUGGCGCGUAUUCCUCCGGUCUAGAUCAGAUGACGGAGGAAUGGCACAUCUCCCGGGUGGCGGGCCUGGUCGGUAUCACGACUUUCACCUGCGGAUUUGGAGUGGCGCCCAUGUUUCUUGCACCAUUCAGCGAGAUCAAUGGGAGGAGGCCUGUCUUCGUCGUCACGGGCUUGCUCUGGGUGGUCUUCCAGAUUGUCUGUGCGGUAACGCCGACGUUCGCGGGUGAGCUCGUGGCGAGAUUCCUCGCGGGCUGUAUGAGCAGUACCUUCAGCACCAUGGUUGGCGGUGUUGUGAGCGACAUCUACCAUGCCAAAGAAAGGAAUGCCGCAAUGGCACUGUUCUCUGGUUCCGCCAUGUUCGGAACUGGAUUCGGACCUCUUAUCAGUGGAUUCCUUGCCAUGCAUACGACCUGGAGAUGGAUCUUCUACCUCCAAGUAAUCGUCGACGGCGUCAUCAUGAUUUUCGUCUUCUUCUUUUUCAAGGAAACCCGAGGCUCCGUCCUGCUAUCACGCAAAGCCAAAGCUCUCAAUCAAUACUACGACCGUCUCGAAGGAGCGGGCUACUACGGCCACAUGAUGCGCACCGACGCGGAAAAACACACCUCCACACCCACAACAACAACAACAACACCCCAACGUAUCCGAUGGAAAUGCAAAUCCGACGAAGAGCGCAGCUCCCUCCUCACGAUGAUCCGCAUCUCCCUCUACCGCCCGUUCCACAUGCUCCUCACCGAACCCGUCGUCUUCGUCUUCUCCCUCUGGAUCUCCUUCUCCUGGGCCGUCCUCUACAUGACCUUCUCCGCCAUCCCCCUCAUCUACGAAACCACGUACGCCUUCGACCUCGCGCAGACCGGCUGCGUCUUCGCCGCCAUCAGCAUCGCCAGCCUCCUCUUCAUCCCCGUCUCCAUCUACCAGGACAAACUCGCCCUGGCAUACCUCGGCCCGAAACAGCGGCACAUCCUCACCACGCCCGAGGGCAGGCUGUACUUCGCGUGCCUCGAAUCCGCGCUCCUUCCCCUGGGAUGCAUCUGGUUCUGCGUCGCGGGCGCUUACCCCGACGUCCCCUGGAUCGUGCCCACACUGGGCAUCGCCUGCGCCACGAUGGGCGUCUUUAGCGUCUAUCUCGCCGUCUUCAACUAUCUCGCCGACGCGUAUCAUCGGUACGCGAGCAGCGCUCUGGCCGCGCAGAGCUUCUGUCGGAACCUGCUCGCCGGGGCGUUUCCCUUGUAAGUCGGAAUCCGAAAAACUCUCACGUCACGUCACAGUCGCGUUUACGACUUUUGUUCCUUCGCGAUGCUUCGAGACUAACCCAUCCCUCUCUCCCUCACUCAACAGAUUCACGACCCCAAUGUUCACCACCCUGACCUUCCAAGGCGCAGGCGGCUUCCUCGGCGGCAUGGGCUUCCUGCUCACCACGGUCCCCUGGGUCCUGCUCCUCUUCGGCCCCCAAAUCAGAGCAAAGAGCAAAUUGGCGAGUGAGAUUAUGGAAAAAGUGGUAUAG